GAGGCAAAGAAAAAUGGUGCAUGGGUAGUUGGAUUUUUCACUAUAAAUACCCAUGCAUGCAAAGGCAAUGGGCAAGCAAGAGUAGGAGAAAGCAAGAGAAAUUGAGUGAGAGCUCUUGUGAGAGAAAAGAAAGAGAGAAAUUGUGAGAAAUCCUUGUGUAGAUUAAGAGAGAGUAUUAGGGAGAAUUUGGGAGCUUCUAUAGAUUGAAGCUAGGGGUUGAGAGCUUCUUAAGUGAGAGAACUUCCAAAUUAUUGUACUCUUUUUCUUAAUAGUGGAUUUAUUUCUCUCUUUCCCGUGGACAUAGACUUGUUGAGAGGAUUAUGGUGUCGAAAUUCCCAACAAGUGGUAUCAGAGCUAUUGGUAGAGCUCUUGAUGUUGUGGCAAAAUGCAAACUGAAGCCAUGAAGUAUUCAAUUGAGUUGUUCGAUGGCAAAAAUGACAUUGCUCUAUGGCAAAGCACUGUGAAGGAUGUCCUUACUUGUCAAGGACUUGAUGCAGCUUUAGAAGAGACCAAGCCAGUUGAGGUGAGGGAUAGUGAUUGGAGUACUAUCCAAAAGAAGGCAGCAAGUCAAAUUCGGCUGGCGCUUGCACCAGAGGUAAAAUACAACGUCCUUUCAAAGACUACUCCAAUAGGCAUGUGGAGAAAGCUUGAAGAGAUAUAUGCUUCAAAAUCUUUAACCAAUCGAUUGUGUUUAAAGAUGGAGCUAUAUCAAUUGAAGAUGGCAGAAGGCACUAAUAUUCACAGGCACUUAUCUGAUUUCAACAUGAUGGUCACACAAAGCAUGCUAGUGGGUAAGACUAUCUUGGUGAUGAAAGAUGUCACAUCCAUGUUGUUGGAGAAUGAUAAGUUUCUUGGGGAGGAUGAUGGUGCCAAUCAAACUAAUGCUUUGGUGAUGGAGCACUCUUGGGGAAGAUCCAAUGGACGUGGAGAUGGAGGAAAUCAAGAAAGGUCGAAAUCCAGACCUAAGAAGGAUUAUGGUGAAGUGCAGUGUUUUUAUUGUGGUGAAUUAGAAACCAAGGGUAAGGGGGAGGUUAAUAUUGUUGAAGAGAAUAUGGUUGAAGUAUUAGCUUGUGAAGAGUGUGAUCCUGAGCUUGGUAAAAUAACGGUGGCUACCGGUGAGAAGGUGAAUAUUGAAGGCAUAGGAGAUGUUUGUCUCAAUGUUCACAAUGGGAAAGCCAAGAUUCUCAAGAAUGUGAGAUAUGUGCCCAAGUGUUCAAGCAACAUUAUUGCUUUGAGUGAGUUGACAACACGAGGGUACAAGUAUGUCAGAAAGCGAGAAUGGUGCAAGGUCUACAAAGGUAGGAGACUUGUUCUAUGUGGAAGGAAGAACAAGCACAACAUCUAUGUGCUUGAGCAACAUCCCGAGCGAAGGCUUAACAAGAUCAUGAGGAAGAUGGUUUGGAAGCCUAAAGGGAUCUUGGUAGAUGGCAAGGAAAUUAAUAAGACCAAGAAGAAAGUGUGCUUCAAUAAUGAAGUGGUGUUUGAUGAUGGUUCGAGGAGGUGUGAUAUUCCCUCGAAUCAUAUUUUGGUUCAAAAUUAAUUUCCAUAGUACACCUAGUGUAGGUUUGUCCUAUCCUAUACUAGGAGGAAACUUUCAAAAAUAGGACACCAUAAUAAAGUGCUCUUGAGCAG